AUGAAGCCAGCAUCGGGUCCGAGCGAAAAGUGGAUCCGGAGUUCCGUGGAGUUCAUCUGCGGAGUUUUGUUUCUGGACACCGAAGUUGCCAUUCGUCAGUCCCACCGACAUUUCUUCCUUUCCUCUUCAACGGGGUGGCAGACGUUGGGCCUCGUACCGAACUAUUGGAUAUUUCCCGAGAGAGAAGCCCGCUGCAUUCUAUCUGUGCCGAAGCCCCGGUCUGCUGCUACUUGGCUGCACGCUUGUCUACGCAGAAUGGAUCCCCUGCCCUCUGGCCGUCGUAAAGCAUGCGACUUGUGUACGAUCAAGCGAAUUCGCUGUGAUGGGCUGAAACCCCUGUGCACAAAUUGCAGUCUUUAUGGGACAGAGUGCAAGAUGACACCCCUGAACAAGACACAAUCCACCUCGCGAGCGUCUGAUUCGAACAACAAAAAGAAGAGAAAGCAAUCUAAUGACAAAGAGGGACACCUGGAGCAGCUGGAAGCUCGCUUGGCACGGAUUGAAUCUCUCACACGAAACCUCAGUGGAGACUCAUCAUCUGGACAACCCCAACGGAGUCAUAUCAAUCCAUCCAUUGGUGAUGGAAAUUACAUGACACCGGGGAGCAACGGUUCAAUUAACGGCACUGGUGCAGCAGUUGAGACCGAUUCCUCGCCGCACAAUUCGUCACACACGUGUUGCAAUAAUGGUUCAAAGUCCCAAUUGCAGCUACCGCCCUUAGAAACUAUGAUGCCUACGUUGGAGCUGUACUUCAGGCAUUACAAUUCUGUUAUUCCCCUAUUUGAAGAAAAGGAUUUCAUGCGGAUGGUUCACGGAUGGAGCUAUCUACGAUCGCCUGCUGAGUGGGCUGCCAUCAAUGUCGUCCUCGCCCUUGGCUACCGCGUGAUCGAGAGCCGGUCGAUGGAAUGUCCAGAAGUGGCCUUAUGCAUCGCAAAUAUUAGGUCCAUACUUCUGGAGAUGAUGAUGCGAACGGAGGACUUCCUAGGGCUACAAGUUCUGCUGGGCACGGUACUCCUUUAUCAAGGAACCUCUCGGUCCCUACAACACAAGGACACCCCUAUGCUGAUGGGUGCCGCGGCAAGGUUGGUUGAAAUUCUGCGAUUGAAUUCAAGGUCGGAAACGAAAGGCGCUCCUCACGCAGUCGCAUUGCACCGUAGUAGGCUGUUCUGGAUAGCCUACAUCCUUGACAAGGAUUGUGCGGCUCAUUUCGGCGUUUCGCCAAUACUCCUUGAUUCUGGAACAGAUCAUGUUCCGCCAUCUGCAAGUCCAAGCGAUGGAGUUGGCAACAUCAGUACCUUAGAUGGCACUACGUCGUUGAACUUUCUCCAUCGUCGUGUGCAGCUCGCGCACAUUCAGGCGCGAGCAUACGAUUGGUUGUUAAGUUCAAGGUCGAGUAAUACGAGCGACAAAGACAGAACAAACAAAACCAACACGUUGCGAUCCAUGCUUUGCCAUUGGUUCGGGGCGAUACCAAGUAAUAUGAUGUCAGGUUUAGCCCAAGGAGCCCUAUGUGUGCACUCUACUCAGCAUCUAAAGUCACUGUUGAACGUGCACCAAUGGUGUGUUCUUCUCAUUUUUAGGCUACAUAAGGAGAACAGCUCUAUGAUUGCACGACUGAGAGGCAUAAUCCCACAUUUCCCCCAAAUGAGUACCGAACAUUUGAACUCCCUUUCUGACCAUAGAAAUUCCCUCCCUUCAGGAUGGGAUGAGUGUGUGGAGUAUAGUCGGAAUGCACUCCACCUGUCUACAGUCAUCGGGCAGUCUGACUACUAUCUCUGGCAUGAUUCGUGCUCCCUGUUUGCUGCAGGCCUGAUUCUGCUUGUCAAUGCUGCAGAAUAUCCAGACAAUGAAGCUGCUGAUAAUGACCAGUGGCUGGUGGAUAAAAGCCUAGAUUUUUACGAAAGGUUGAUCAACUUUGGGCCUUGGGAGAAGGACACUCUUCACGCCGAUUUUCACAACUUAAAGGCACGCGCUAAACAGGCCAUACCUACAAGGAUAGGCCAUGAGCCAGACAUUGAUCCCGUCAUGUUCCCUAACCUCAUAACAGAUGGCUGGAGGUAG